UCCGUAAGUGGUUUGUCAGGGUGGUAUUAGUCAAUAGAGCCGGUGACGUGGUGAAGGUAAUCCAUGAUCCUGUGUGUGUGUGUGUGUGAUGUGAUGCUCACUGUCAGUUCUGUGACGUCUCCUCUCUCUGAGGUCACUGGCCAGCAGAUGGAAACUCAUGGAUUACAUAUAUAAGACAGGAGACACACACACUCUCGGUCCGAUUCACACACUGCUUCUAGGACAGAGGGAGAGGAGGAGGUCUGUAGAGAGGAAGAAUAGAAACUGAGUCCAGCUCAGAGAGACAGAAAAGGUUUGCGUAGCAGCCAAGUCAAGCUGUGAGAGAGAGAGAAAGAAAUAGAGAGAGAGAGAGAAAGAAAUAGAGAGAGAGAGAGAGAAAGAAAUAACGAGAGAGAGAGAGAGAAAGAAAUAACGAGAGAGAGAGAGAGAAAGAAAUAACGAGAGAGAGAGAGAGAAAGAAAUAACGAGAGAGAGAGAGAGAAAGAAAUAGAGAGAGAGAGAGAAAGAAAUAGAGAGAGAGAGAGAGAGAGAGAGAGAGAAAGAAAUAACGAGAGAGAAAGAAAUAGAGAGAGAAAGAAAUAGAGAGAGAGAGAGAGAGAGAAAUAACGAGAGAGAGAGAAAGAAAUAGAGAGAGAGAGAAAUAAAUAAAGAGAGACCUUCUUUAGCUUCUCAUUGACACAUCCCAAGUGUUUCUCUGUUGGUGAACAGAAAGGAAAUCGAUUCCUCCGUGAUUCCUUUUCUUGUCCUUUAUUACUUAACUGAUUGUGCCGGGACUGACCUCUGUGGGAGAAUGACAAUCCUCACGUCCUUUAUCGUGCCCACUGUCCCAGUGAAGAACCUCAGUGGGAACAGCCCGGUCCACCCAGCGCUGGCCGGUAUCACUGGGAUCCUGAUGAGCGCUGCGGGGUUCCCUGUGUGUCUCACCCGCCCCCCCAAACUGGUGCUGCACCCCCCGCCCGUCAGCAAGAGGGACAUCAAGCCCGUCCCCGGCCUGGGCCACUGCUACCGCAAGACCACCAAGAAACAGGCCCGCAAAGGUAAGACAACAGAGGAGGUGGUGAAGCAGUAUCUUCAGAAAGUCAGGAUAGCAACAGAGGAGGACUGUACCAUCUGUAUGGAGGCCCUCGGGGGGCCGUCAGGCUACAAGGGUGGUGACUUCAUCGGUCGCCUGGCCCAGUGUGGGCACCAGUACCACCUCCAGUGUCUGGUGGCCAUGUACAACAACGGCAAUAAAGAUGGCAGCCUGCAGUGCCCCACCUGCAAAACCAUCUACGGCGUGAAGACGGGCAACCAGCCGCCCGGGAAGAUGGAGUACCACGUCAUCCCCCACUCGCUGCCCGGCCACCCCGACUGCAAGACCAUCCGCGUCAUCUACAACGUCCUGCCUGGCAUCCAAGGCCCAGAGCACCCCAACCCAGGCAAGCCCUUUACAGCCAGAGGGUUCCCUCGCCACUGCUACCUCCCAGACAGCGAGAAGGGACGCAAGGUACUCAGACUCCUGCUGACCACGUGGGACCGGCGCCUGGUCUUCUCGGUGGGCACGUCCAGCACCACGGGCGAGUCGGACACGGUCAUCUGGAACGAGGUGCACCACAAGACGGAAUUCGGCUCCAACCUCACGGGCCACGGCUACCCCGACCCUAGCCACCUAGACAACGUCCUGGAUGAACUGAAAGCACAGGGCAUCACCGAGGAAGAGGAGCAAUGAUAGGAGGAAGAGGAGGAGACAGGACGAUUAAUUAAUUCAGACUCUACCAGCACUUAAAUGGGGUGGCGGUUUGGUGUAGAGGGGAAAGGUCCAAUUACAUUUUGGAAGAUUUUCUGAAGAUGCUGAUUGAUUGGAGGGUUCUAGAGUUUUGAUAAAUCACACAAGCACACAACGGAGUGUUAGGGUGUUUGUUUGAGUGAUGGCACAGGAGAGAGGGAACGAGAGAGAGAAAUAGGCUCAGGCUUUGUUUAGAUUUGACUGUGGUCAAAAUGAUGACUACACUGGUAUAGUUAGGUACUAGCUAAAUAAAAUACAAAGAGUUGAGACGCGGUACUAAGUUAUUUACUAACUAAUUUACACUACUGAAAGAAAGAGAGAGAGGAGAGAGAGAGAGAGAAAAGGAUAGAAGAGAUCAAGAGACUGAGGGAGAGAAAGGACAAAGAUUGAGAGAUGUGAAAGGGAGGGGGAAGGGCAUUAAGAAAAGAGGAAGAGAAUAGAGCGAGAAAACAAGAGAGAGAAGAUGGCAAGAGAAUGUAGCUAGUAUUAAAUAGGAGUAGGGUAAAUUAACUUAAAAAUGGUACUACUUUAGCAGAGACACAGGAAGAGAGUGAGAGAAAGAAAGAGGGAGAGAGAGAGGGGGGAGGGAGAGAAAGGGGAGAGAGACAGACGUGCCUAUAGUAACCACCUGCUUGAAUUUGAUUAUCAAGUGGCUUGUGUCCGUUCUGACUGUUUGUAUGUGUAGUCAGACGCCACCUAGUGUCCACGUGUUUUUGAAGAACAAAACAAACAAAUCACCCAUUUCUUUUUAUAAUGAUACUCCACUUAUAUUUGUCAUUAUUAUUUUCAUGUAACAUCAUUCCAUGCGUCAUACCUCUUUACAUAUAUUUCAACGUUUUAUUUUAUACACUGAAUGAUUUGAAGUUGUGGAUGUUGAAUGUUACUGCUACGAUACGAUGGCAGUUAGCCCAGAAGAUAUAUAUGGUACUAUCCAUAAAACAACCUUGAUGGAUACUGGAAAUGACUUCUUUCCCUUCCUUUUCCUGUCUUGCUGUUUGUACUGUAUGUACCCGUUGUAUGUAUGGAAAGGGGGACAUGUCAAUAAAAGGAGUGCUGCUGACUUUUAUAAAGGAGACGAGCAUUUUGAGAUUCCCUGGGAAGACGCACUUGAGAAAUGGGCCAUGAUAUGAGCCGCCAGUGUUUGAAACCAGGUGAGGAGACACCAGGAACCCAGAACUUAAAGAUUGGACAGGUCGUGGUGUGUUGGUGGGUGAAGAGGGAGUCCGAGAAGGAACAUAAUAGCCUGUGAAGAAGAACUGAGUUUUACCAUUGCAUUAAUCAUCAGACUAAAACCAAUAAAUACCUCACUAUUAUACAAACAACAUGCGUAGCAUAUCCACACUGUAAAGGAUAUACAAAAUGUCUGCCUCCAUUUCAUUGGCUGGAUUGGCUUCAAUGCAACUGAUUGGGUGGGCAGUGUAUUGACAUUCUUGUGUAGAAUGUCGUUAGAACGCGUCUACCUCCUGCCGGCGAACAGUGUCUUUGGUCUUACUCCUUAUGGAGGCCCUGUGCAUCACCGGCCACUACGCCUGUCCAGUCUCAGAGUUGGGUCUAUGUUGUGUGUGUGAGUUAAUGCAUAUAACGUAUGCAUGCCUUUCUACAUGACAUGCGUUUUAAUGUGUACUGUUUGUACACCAACGUGUUUUGAGGUAUGAUUCUGUUACUUAACAGCACACUUUGUCGCUUUUAUCCCAUUAAUAUCACGAUCCGCUUUUCUGUUCUUUCUUUCUUUUACAUUGUCUGUUAGUUAACUUUUUAAAAAAGAACAAUAAUAAAGUGUUAACAGUUGUCUUGAUCAAAUGGUAUAUUCAGCUCUUUCUCAUUUUGUACAUAAGCGUUAGUGUCUGUCAUUUUUUUUGUCAAAUCUUUCUUACGGUUGAGUCGACAAGAGAUAGUACUUUUCUCAACGGUGUACAGAAGGUCUGUAUACUAAGUGUAUUUUCAUUGUGAAUUUAAAGGAAUUUGAAGGUAGACUUUUUCUGACUGUAUAAUGUAAUGUACUUUUAUACCAAGCCGCUAAGGGUGGCCAUCCCUCGUGGAGACCUACCGCAUGUGGAGGCUUUUGUUCCAGCUCUGCUUUACCGUUGCCUGACGACUCAUCCUGAAUUGAAUUAUGCUUCUCUAUCGAUCACUCCAUAGGGUAGGGAUGGGCAACUCCAGUCCUCUGGGGCCAUCCCUCACAAACACAACUGAUUAAGCUAAUUGCGAUGUAAACUGAAGAUGAAUUAUUUGUGGCUUAUUGGACUGUGUUAGCUGGGCGGAAACCAAAACGUGCACCCCUUGGGGUCUGGAGUUUGGGAAAUGCUGCUCUAGGCCCAACCCAUCUCAAUCUACUAACAGUCUGCUCAUCGGGGAACCUUGGUUAGCGGAAUCAGGUGUGGUAUAGCAGGGCUGGAACAAAAGCCUGCGCCCCCAGCCUUUCAGGGCGAGGGUUUGCCAGCCCUUCCCUAUGUCCCCUUUCCCCAUUCAGAUGACCCAGUUCAUCCUCUACUACAACCUCAACUACAACCUCACUUUUACAACCUCACUUUUGAUGUGUACAGUCUUGACACAGCAUCCCUUCAUCGUUGUCCAAUUGUUUGUUUGAGGGGAACAUGAGAGGUGUUUUACCUCAUUCUUGGUGAGGAGGUUGGGAAGGGUGCUGGGUGUAGUGAAUAAUAAGUGAUGCAUUAAAGAAAUAUGUACCCACACCAAAAACAAUUGCUGGAAUACGAAUGAUUAAUACAAAUAAAGAAUCGAAUGAA